GACCGGCUUCCUUCUCCCCCGCCCUGUCCACGAUCCUCCGGAGGCGCGCCGGGCGACAGCAGCGGAGCCGAGCGCGGGAGCGCGCGGCGUGGCCAGCCUAGGGAAGCCACUUACUUUUACUGCUUCUAUCCCACCAACCGCGACUUGUUGCUGCUCUCUCCGCCCCGGAUUCAAGGGAUCUCCUCGGCCGCUGCGCCGAUUGGGCGACCAGCACCGCCGCUCCUCCCAGGCCUGCCGGCUCGCCAGCCUCCGUCUCCGCCUUCCCUCCGCGCCCGGGUUCACCUUCUCCGGGCAGCCCGGCUUGCCUCCAAAGCGUCCGUCCGUCGGCGGAGCUUGCAAGGAAAGGAGGGGGUGUGCGGGCCGCGGCGCUCUCUCGCCUCCAGCCAGCAGCCGCUCUCUCUCUCCCGGCUGUAACCUCAGCUCACCCCUGCAAGAGAGGCAUCAGUUUGCAAUUGCAACAGCAGCAACUGCCAACGGCUGCGUCUUUGCUCCGGCUGGGAAAGUUGAAAAAAACAAAAAAAGAACAACAACAAAAAACAGCGGACUAGCGCCUUGACUUCUACGUUUCCCCAGGCGGGAGGCGUCGGACCCGAGAGGCCAGGGCCGACCGGCUUUUCUCUCACACACCACUGACAACUGCACCUGCUCCAAUUUAGGAGCGCCUCGCGCGUGCCCCGACGGCCCAAGGGAUGGCUCUGCUGGUCGCCGUCGGAAGCUGGUAGAAAAGCCCGGUUCUCGCAGCUGACAGUCGAGGAGUCUCCAGAACCAACCUGCAGCCAGAGAAAAACACAGCGGGCUGACCCCCACACGCCUUGCCGUCCAGCCACAGGAGAGAUCAUGGAGGUGCACGUCGGUCUGGGCAGAGUCUAUCCUCGGCCGCCGGCGAAAGCUUUUCGAAGUGCCUUCCAGAACCUGUUUCAGAGUGUCCGCGAAGCGUUCCAGAGCCCCGGACCCCUGCGGGAGGAGGCUGGCCCCAGCCACCAGGCGUCGGCGUCCGCGACGGUGGGGUCAUCUUCCUCGGGGUCCCACUUGCAAGAGCCCAGCGCCCACCAGCAAGACCCGGCUUCGCCCUCUUACUUGCCGCUGGAGGAGCAGCCCCAGGUGAGCAAAACGCUGCAGCCCCCGGAUGAGCGGGAGGAGUCCGCGUCCUCGUCCGCCCCGUCCUCUCUGGCCCUGCUGGGAGGCCCCUCUUUCCAGAGUUGCCCGGGUGAGUUUAAAGACAUCCUGGGUGAGAGCAGUCUUCUGCAGGCGGCAGAAGGAGGCGAGCCCCGAGGAGGAGGCGAGGAAGCCCCAUCUGACAAAACUGACUACCUGGGGGAGAGCGCCAAGGAGCUGUGCAAAGCCGUCUCCGCCUCCAUGGGCUUGGCGGUGGAAGCGCUUGAUGCGCCCGGCGUCGGCGAGGUGGCGACGAGCCGCGGCGACUGCAUGUUCGCUGGCGCGCACGCUCGGCCCCUGAAUCUGGGCGGCUGCAAGAUCAUGGAAGCCGAGGAGGGAGGCACUGGCGGCGGCGCUGGCGGUGAGGGCGCGCUGGCCAUGGACGUGCCAGGACACCUGAGCCUCUACAAGAGCUCUCCGGAGCUGGAGGAGCCGUCGGGAGCCUUCCCGAACCGAGACUACUACAACUUCCAGCUGGCCCUGGCCUCACAUGGGCGCAUCAAGCUGGAGAGCCCCUUGGAGUACGCACCCGGCGGUGCCGUUUGGGGGCCGCAGUGCCGGCGCGCCGGGGACGUGCCUGCUGCCUUGGCGCCCCACUAUGCCGGCCCUCCUGGCCCCGGCUGGCACCCUUUCUUCACCGAGGAAGGGCAGCUCUACGAAGGCGCACCCCCGGCCUCCUUCGGCUACGCCAGGAGCCAGGGCCCGCCGUCUGGGCAAGAGGGCGCAGAGCUCCCACCGUCCGAGGUGUGGUAUCCCGGGGGCGUAGUGGGCAGGAUGCCCUUCGCCCCUGCCGCCGGCUGCAUCAAGACGGAGCUCACCCCGUGGAUGGAGGGCUACCCGGGGGCCUACGGAGACAUGAGGUUGGAGUCUGCAAGAGACCAUGUUCUUCCCAUUGACUAUUACUUCCCACCACAGAAGACAUGCUUGAUCUGUGGGGAUGAAGCUUCUGGGUGCCACUAUGGAGCACUCACUUGCGGGAGCUGCAAAGUCUUUUUCAAGAGGGCAGCUGAAGGUAAUUCAUCUUUUUGUGUGUUUGUGAUGUGUGUGAUUGAAUGCAAAUCAGACAAUGGCUGUAGAUGUCUCUGUAUAUACACACAUAUAUAUAUCUGUAUAUACACAGAGAUAUAGGAUGGGGUACCCCUGGCUUGACAACAGGACAUGACA